AUGUGGAGAGGCUACUCUGACAUGAGAGAAGCCAAUUACAAAAAUGCAGACAAAUACUUCCACUCCCGGGCGAACCGUGACGCUGCACAGAGGGGACCUGGGGGUGCCUGGAUUGCUAAAGUGAUCAGCGAUGUCAGAGAGAGGGUUGACCGUUGGAAACCUGGAAACAGCAGCCGCGGAGAGGAGGACUCGAAGGCCGACCAGUUUGCCAAUGAAUGGGGCCGGAGUGGCAAAGACCCCAAUCACUUCAGACCUAAAGGCCUGCCCCCCAAGUACUGAGCUCCCUCCUCACUCUGCUGUCAGGCGACGGGGCUGCGAGCCCAGAGUCCUUGAG